CACGGUUAACGUGAACAAUUUCCACAAAAAUCAAUUGAGUAUUGUUUGAAUGUGCGAAAAGUGAAACAUGAAUGCAUACUACGCUGAAUUAUAAGAAAUAAUUUAUAGUAAAAUGGCGAAAAGCCAAUGCAAAGUCUACCUUGGUUACGAAGAAGAAAUAAUCAAUGAAAAGAAUAAAUUGCUGUUAAGCUAUACAACUAAUAAAAUUGGUGGACUGCCUAAUUGGCCCCCGUUAGAAAACAUUCAGUUUUCUACUAAAUGUCCAUUGUGCAAUUUACACAGGCUUUUAGUAGUUCAAUGCUAUGCCCCCUUAGAAGACUCAGUUUAUCAUCGUACAUUAUAUGUAUUUGCCUGUAUAAAUCCUUCUUGUUGGACUCAAUCUGAAAGCUGGAUUUGUGUACGAAGUCAGUUUCAAGAUAUACCAAGUAAGACCAGUACAGUUGUAAUUAUGCCAAACGCUGAAACAAACUUAAGCUGGUGCAGGGGCUCUGAUGAUUGGGACGAAAAUGAUAAUGGUGACUCAUCAAACGGAAAUGUUAUGAAUAUUGAUAAUAAUGGCAUUCAAAGACAUUCUGAUGAGGAAGAUGAAAGCAAUUCAUUUGAUUUGGAAAUAGUUGAACAUGCUCUCGAAAAUUUGCAAGUUGAUUCAAAUAAUGCUAAUAUGUCUCCAGUUCAAGGUGCUGUUGGUGAAGUAGCAGCCCCGGUACCGGCUGCUGAGCUUGAAGAGGAAGAUGAAUCAGGUCUUGUUAUUGCAGAAACACCUACCAUACCAAUGAACAAUAUGGCAUCUUUGUUUAACCAGACAGCAGAACUACCAACUGACAUUCGAAGUCGCCUUUUAAGUGGCCCACUGCAAUUUGUUUCAAAAUAUAUUUAUGUAGAAGAAGAAUGGAACAAGGCACAAAAUGAUGAUGAUAAAGUUACUGAAUUACUCAACAAAUACAAACGGGACAACGAAAUAGAAGUUGGCAGUGUAGCAGAUCGUGUAGCUUGCGCUCCCACUGAAGAUGAAGCUUACGAAGAUGCGACGCCUCUUCACGGUGACCGGCUAUUCCACGCUUUUCUCACUCGUCUGCACGCACAUCCGGGACAGAUUCUACGAUACACCCGAGAUGCUCCACCCCUCCUGGGAGCCCCAUUACCAACAUCAGAAAAUGCAUCGAAUUCUCCAUACAAGCCAAGUUUUUGUUUGCGCUGUGGUUCAAGACUCAUCUGCGAACUUCAACUCGUUCCUGGUUUUGCAGAUACUUUAUGUAUUUUUCCAAAUAAUAUAACACUGUCACACUUACACUUCUUAUCUGUCUUGAUAUUUACAUGUUCCAAAAGUUGCUGGCAACAAAAUGAUAAAUUGGUUGAAGAAAUGGUCAUAUUACAGCCAGAAGUCAUGUAAACAUUAAAAAAAAAAUCUCUCUUUAUGCCAAACUUUAGUAUAGGCAUGUUCAUUACAAGAAUUUAUGAUACCUUAAAUCAUAUAGACUGCUAAAAUCAUAGCCCUCCUUUGACUUUGCCGUAGUUGAAAAAAUUAGACAUAGGAGUAAUUGUCUUAUUUUAUUUUGAUGGAUUAUCUUUCAAAAAUCUCUAUAAAUUAUAUUUAAAUAUGUAUCAUAACUUUACUAUGCACAAUAUUACGUAGUAAACAUUUAACGUCCUCAAGUUAAGCCUUAUAUUAUUAGUGUUCCCUGUAAAUUAACCUCUUGGUUUUUUUUAUUUUUUUUUAUUGUUAGUAUAAAAUUAUACUGUUAUUUUUUUACGAAUUUCAUCUGUGAUUUUAAUGUCUUAUUAUAUAUUACCUUAUUAUUGUAAAAAAAUUAUAGUUUUUUCUGUCUAAUAUGUGUAGAGGCGGCACUUGCCUUGGCUUAGUUUUUAACCUUUAGUGUUUAUCUAAAUACCAAAAAUUAAACGGGGAUGUAUAUUUUCGCUAUUUGCCAUAUUUGAACCACAAUUCGGGCAAUAAUGCAACUACACAAACACGCUACUCCAAGUGCAGUGCCGCUGAUAAAAAGACGGAAUGGUCUUACAACAAAUAUAUUUACACAUAUAAAACAUCUUUAAGAAGGUUUUAUCUGAUGGAUAAGUGAUGUAGCUAUAACUAAUGAAUGUGAAUGUAAUGUAAAACAUUGUUAAUGCAUUUAAUAAUAUAACAUUUUGUCCAUAGAUCUUAGGCUUAAAAAAUAUAGAAAUAUAAUAGAUAUGCUAACAAACUUCAGCUUAUUUUAUGAACCAAAAUUAUACUUUAGUGAAUAACGAAAUUUUUAACAUAUUGUGCAAAACUGCUUACGAUUAGAAUUUUCGGACUACAUGAUACUAUCAUUUAAGCCCUUCCAUUUAUAAAAAUAUUCAUAAGUAAAAAAUUUGAAAUACUUAAAUAAAUUAAUAUGAUUAGACCUUUUUUUAAUCAUAAUUACAAACAUUAUAUUUAGUCAAUUCUGAAGUUGCAGCAAAUGACGUCACAGCAAAAUGCUAUAGUUAUAUACGGUACUAUAUAUAGUUAAGUCAAUGUUGCCGUUUUAGUUCUUUCUAGCAACAUUAUUUAAAAGGUGAACAGAAGGAUAGGUUUAUCUUUAAGGAGAUUAAUCAAUUGAAUCCUAAUUUAUUAGAUUGAUUUUCGGGAAUUCCCGUGUUGUUUAAGGCCAUAUUAGUUAUCUAGUAAUUACCAAUCAAAUUGUAUUUAUUAAAAUCUUUGUUUUGCUUGUUUGUUCUUUGGAGCUAUUAAAAUCUUAUUCAAUCCUUCGUAUGCCGGAGCGUAGAUAUGCGCUCGAACGUUAUCUCAUAGUUCAAUUAUUUUUGUUUUACACUACACUAGAGAAACAUAUACCUAGCUCUUUUUUAUCCAUAGUAAAUGAUAUAUAUUUGUCUUCCUCUCUCUUUUUUAUUAGAUUAUCAUUUCGACCAAUCAGUGACGACGAAUUGAAUUCACGUUGCAAAUUCGCGCGCC